ACGUUAGUAGGAACGAACAGCUCGGCACUAUUUGUCAGCCCGGACACAUUUUCAGACCGGACAUAGAAGAAGUCAGGAGUGCUGAUCAUUUCGGUAACCAGACAUUAACUCUGUGGACACCGGCGUUAAUAAACCAGCUGUUAUCGCUGUGGAGACCAGCUGUUAAGCCAGCUGUUAGAGCUGUGGAAACCAGCCUGUUGAACCAGAAAUGCCCAAAAAGAAAACCGGUGCCCGGAAAAAGGCUGAGAGUCGUAAAGAGCGAGAGAAACAGAAUCGAGCCAAUCGGGAUGUUGUCGAUGUGGCCAAACACCCCUGCAACUCUAACAUGGACUGUGACAAAUGUCAGAGAAAACAGAAGAACAGAGCUUUCUGUUACUUCUGUAGUUCAGUGCAGAAGCUGCCUGUCUGCGCUCAGUGUGGCAAAACCAAGUGCAUGAAGUCAUCAGAUUGUGUCGUCAAGCAUCCAGGCAUCCACAGCACUGGAAUGGCCAUGGUGGGGGCAGUAUGUGACUUCUGUGAAGCAUGGGUGUGCCACGGCAGGAAAUGUCUUAGCACUCAUGCCUGUGUGUGUCCUCUGACUGAUGCAGACUGCAUCGAGUGUGACCGGGCUGUCUGGGAUCAUGGAGGGCGAAUCUUCCGCUGUUCCUUUUGUCAUAACUUCUUGUGUGAGGAUGAUCAAUUUGAGCACCAGGCAAGCUGCCAAGUCCUCCAGGCAGAAACAUACAAAUGUGUUUCCUGUAAUAGACUGGGACAGCACUCCUGCCUGCGCUGUAAGGCCUGUUACUGUGAUGACCAUGCCAAGAGUAAGGUCUUCAAACAGGAAAAGGGCAAAGCCCCACCCUGCCCAAAGUGUGGUCAUGAAACCCAGGAGACCAAAGACCUCAGCAUGUCCACUCGCACGCUGAAAUUUGGUCGCCAGGCUGGCGCUGAUGAUGACGAUUAUGACGACGGAGCGUCAGGGUACGACUCCUACUGGAAGAACCUAGCAUCUGGAGGCGGCCAACAGGACGACGAUUAUGACGACGACGAGGAAGACGAGGAUGACGAGGAUGACUAUGAGGAAGAAGAGGAAGAAGAGGAUGACGAGGAAAAGGCUGCUGAUUCCAUGGCUGGUCUUAAACUGGACGGGGCUGCCUGAGCCGGGGCAAAGACUGGAGGGCACAGUCCCAUAGCUCCAAAUGAGUCUCAGCAAAUGUUCACUUGUUACAAUGCAGGAAUUAAUAAUGACAUACUUUAAGAAUUAAACAACAUACAUGGUAUAACUAAAGCUAGGUAUCAACACUAGUACUGGUACUUACUCUGAGGAAUAUAAAUGUUUUUCUGUAAAAACAUACUCAAGCAGCCGCACAGGAACUAGAAGAAUAGUAAAUGCCCGAUUAUGAAUCUGACCAGACACUUAAGAGUUAGAAAAGAAAUGUCUAUUUUCUAUAACCGUCCCUAGAGACGACUUGUUUUCUGCUGUUGUUACAUCCCAGGCUGGAUUUAUGCGUUGUAAACCCCUUUUAAUCAGAAAUAUGGAAUAUGUACCUUUUACGUUGUGACACAGGCCCCUCCACAAGAAUGCUAAUAGAGCUGUGCAGUGGGAGGCACCAAAAGUGGGGUUUUUUCUAAACGUAAAUUCCCAAUUCAAAGUUUAGCUUGAAGGAUUUUCUGCAUGUUCCUCAACCAUAAAAACUCAUGAAUUUCCUGUUAAUGUAACCAUGCUAUAAGUUUAUGUUCUGAUCAUCAAUUAUAGUUAUUUCAGCUUUGUUUUGGAGAUAUCAUGUUUGGUGUGGUGGAUUGCCCUAAAUACAACAAUACCCAUGAUCCCCGGCUGCUGUAGCUACAGCGAAGAAUGCUGUCACAGGUUCAAGUUGGAGCUGUAGCUUGUAGCUGUGAACAAAAAUGGAGCUAUAGUUGCCAAAUUGAUCCAGACUUGACCCAAAAGCCGAAUGUGAAUUUCUUUAAGCUGCAGUUUGGUCAUCAUUAAAAAAAAAAAAAAAAAAAAGUUUGUUUGCUUGCUGGUUAUUAGCAGAACAUAACAGAAUAUUACUGCAAAUCAUGUCAGUGAUUAAAUGAUUCUUACAGUAAUGAGAGGCUUAGUUAACUUCUUUACUUCUGUUAUUCGUGUGUGCAGACUCAUAUCUUUGAUACUUUCUAAAGUAGUUGGUCAUCCUUUGUGCUGAUGUGACUUUUUUUAACUCUGGGUGCCUGAAGUAACCCCUCCCACUUUACUACUCUAUAAUGCAUAUUAAUAAAUAAUCCUUGAGGCCCUAAUGACUUGGGUUUAUGUUAUUUUACAUUGAAUUAAUUUGCAGUCUGUGGUAAUUGGAUUGAGCCUACCCUGCUUCAAUGCAAUGCAAAUGUCCAAACAACUUGACGUGUUUGCCCUGACCCUCAUGUAAUCAGCUGCAUUUGUGGAGACAUGUUUGUGAUAACCAUAUGACAUUAAACAUAAAAAAAAUACGAAUUGAGUG